UGCAGAACAUCGCUUCCCUUUUCACAACAUGGCCACUGAAAAUGCUGAAGUGACCUUGCUCGAAGAAAAGGCCCGUAUGGAGGAAUACGGUCUCUUGAGCUUGCUCCUCACCCGUGCAUCCUGCGAGGGAAGCCAGUACAUCAAGCGAGCUGAUACGGAAAGGUUGAAAGAAGUAUUUGACAAGUACGCCAGUGUCGAGAAAGAUGGCGACAGAUACAUGACACCAGAUGACUUUGUGAGAGGAUUUUUAGGAUUGUUCGAAGGACCGCAGUACAACAAGCAAGCUGUAAAUUUACUGGGGAGUAUACUGGAUACAUCAAAGGAUGGACUCAUAUCGUUCAUGGAGUUCCACGCUUUUGAAGGCGCCCUAUGCCAACCCGACGCUUUGUACAAGGCAGCUUUUCAGUUGUUCGACACGAAUGGGUCUGGUUUUGUUACUCAAGAUGAAUUUGAGGAUGUUAUCAGGCAGACAACCCUGUAUCAUAAGAUCCCUUUUAAUUUCAAGAGUGAUUUUAUGACAUUGCACUUUGGGGCUGAUCAGAAAAGAACUGUCAGCUACGUCGAGUUUUCGCAGCUUCUGCAUGACUUCCACGAGGAGCAUGCUGUUCAGGCUUUCAAGCAGUAUGAUAAGAAACGCAAGGGAGUUAUCUCAGCUAUGGACUUCAAUGACAUCAUGAUCUCCGUUAAAACACACCUGCUUAGUGAAGAUGUCAAAAAGAACCUUGUUGCUGUGGCAGGCUCAGCUUCGGGCGGACAUCAGGUCACAUUUCCCUAUUUUAUGGCCUUCAAUUCUCUGCUCAACAACAUGGAGCUGGUGAAGAAAAUUUACCUCCAUUUUACGAAGGGCAACACUGGAAUAGAAGUGACUAAAGAGGAGUUUCUGUAUGCUGCGCAGCAAAUGUCCCAGGUGACCCCAUUAGAGAUUGAAAUCCUGUUUCAUCUUAGUGGGUUCCUGCACCAAUCUACUGGACGCUUCUCAUUCCAGCGGGUGACUUACGAAGAUCUAGAGAGGAUUGCACCAUAUCGACCAACUAGGUUUUUAUCAAGGCCAAUAGCAGAAGUAAAAGCAGUGCAGAGUCCAGAAGAACGAGGGUUUGGUGUUCAGAUCCUGGAAAGUGUCUACCGCUUCACUCUCGGUUCCAUUGCAGGAGCGGCUGGUGCCACAGUCGUGUACCCCAUUGACCUUGUGAAGACAAGAAUGCAGAAUCAGCGGACGGGUUCAUACAUUGGUGAGCUUAUGUAUCGCAACAGUUGGGACUGCGCCAGCAAGGUCAUCCGACACGAGGGAGUCUUUGGCCUCUACCGGGGUCUUCUGCCUCAGCUUGUUGGUGUGUGCCCCGAAAAAGCCAUAAAGCUUACUAUGAAUGACUUUAUUCGUGACAAGCUAACGAACGAGAAAGGAGAGAUACCAGCAUGGGGUGAAGUUCUUGCUGGAGGAUGUGCUGGAGCAUCGCAAGUCAUGUUUACAAACCCUUUAGAGAUUGUGAAAAUCAGACUUCAAGUAGCAGGCGAAAUAGCAUCUGCGGCGAAAGUGAGAGCGUGGACAGUAAUCAAGGAUCUUGGCAUCACUGGGCUGUACAAGGGUUCUCGGGCGUGCUUCCUUCGAGAUAUUCCGUUCUCCGCCAUAUACUUCCCAACGUAUGCUCACUGCAAGUUAAAAUUUGCUGACGAUGAAGGCCACAAUGGUCCUGGUUCCUUGCUGCUUUCUGCAGUGAUUGCAGGCGUACCCGCUGCUUACCUCGUUACACCAGCUGACGUAAUCAAGACGCGGCUACAGGUCGCCGCACGUAAGGGCCAGACCACCUAUUCAGGUGUCAUGGAUGCCUGCAAAAAAAUAUGGAAGGAAGAAGGCGGUAACGCAUUCUGGAAAGGAGGACCGGCUCGAGUGUUCCGUUCUGCGCCACAGUUUGGCUUCACAUUGCUCACCUAUGAAAUCUUGCAGAGGCUUUUCUUCAUCGACUUUGGAGGAAGGAGACCAACGGGCUCGCAAGGCAAGGUUCCUGUACAGGCAGCAGAGAUCAAGCCGGUCAAUCCCGAUCACAUCGGAGGCUUCCGUGUUGCUCUUGCCACUUUCAGCGGCAUGGAAACAAAGUUUGGACUAGUCUUACCAAAAUUCCGACCACAGGAAGUGCAGUGAAGUCACUGUAGUUAGGAACUCUGUUCAGCUUCUCACAUUACAACUGGCGGAUGCAUGUACAGUGCAACUUUGUAGAACAGCUUCAUCUUCCAUAUCUAGAUCUGGCUCAACCUUCAGACAUUUCAGCAAAGAGAACUCAGCUUUGCAUUGCAUAGACCAUUGUCAGCAUCUGGAAAGACAGGGUGAAGUGGAGAAACCUAUGCUGCCAUCUAGUUGGUUUUUUUUAGCUUAAUGUUGUGACACCACGGUACCCAGCGUCCUUUGAGUCUUUUUGGUUCUAUAGUUGGAUAUGCAAGGUAGAUCUCCUGAGUUCAUCUUAGAGGCCAGUUUUGUUCUUGCUGCUAGAAAGCAUACGGAGACACAUGCUUCUUUUGAAGACUUUUGACCGGAGUUUAUCUUUCUUGGUGCAGCGUUCCACGCGAAAGCGAGCUUAGUUUUCGGAUACCUUUGAAGUUAAGUGGAAGUUUCGAAUACCGUGCCAAAGAUGCACUCAGCAAGGCACUUCAGUAGUACUGUGCGGUCAGUAUACCCAUCCCAUGGCAGACAAUAUAUGAUGUAUCGGACAUCAAAAAAAUAGUGAGUUCCUGGUCCCAUCUUUUUUUGUUGGUUUUUGUCAGCACUUGGUUCUCGACAGUCCAGACUCCUUGCCACUCCACUUCAAAGCUAUGAGGAUGUUACCCGAAUAGGCUACACGAGCAAGUAACACCUAACGAAUGCCAAAAACGUCUUUUACUGUGACACUUUUAAGCGUUUAGAAUGGACUGUUACUCUAUGAGACUAUUUUUAUGCAUGCAGUUUAGUGUGCUAACCUUUUAUGCUUUGGCAGCUCUAGUCAAGUUGGGUUAAAGUUUUUGUAGCAGGAGGUAAGCCGUAAUGUGGUAGCUUGCUUUUUUUUUCUUAACUUUGUGUUUCGUGCUGAGCCUAUGGACUGCACCCAGUGAAACGAACAGUGAGCAGAGCAAAGGUGCAGUUCACUGAGCGAGAAUAAUUGUGGAUAAUAGAAGAAAAUGCAGUGUUGCGUAGCUAAAGUAGCAAUGAGAGAAAGUGUUGGGUGCUGCACUUUCAGCAUUUCUAAUGUACUGUGCAGACACCAAGAAACGUCCAUCUUUGCUUAGACAAAUUAUUACUCAAAAAGGAAGGCAAAAAGGUUUUACUUUUAGUUUUACAGUUUGUUUCUAAGGUUAUAUACUUAGUGUCACUUCCUCCUGAAAUUAAUUUUAUCGACGCAUCGAAUAAUGCAGUUUGUAAUAUGCAUUGAGUCAGUGAUUUUAUAAUUCAAGGAAGAAAAGUGUGUUCUGCUUGUUGAAGCAGCAUUUGACUAGAGUAUUGCACAAGCAAUGGUCGCGCUUAAAAUAAAUUUAUCGCGUAAGCCUCAACAAUACAUAGUUCGGGCCCAGUGUAGCAUAGCCUUAAUUGCACAUGAACAGAUGUGUAGCUUGGCUGUGCUAAUGUACAGGCAUCAGAAUGGUUUAUACAGUUGAAUUGCAGUCAUUUACACUCUGUACAGAAUAGGCUAUCAUUGAAACCUACUGACAUCUAUGCAAAUUUUCAUAUCUUCAAAUAAAAAUGCAAAUGUCAGUAGUGGACAAGCUACCUGCAGAGUACAGAUGGCCAUUGCAUUGUUGAACGUUCCUAGUAAAAUUUUCACUAUUAA